CAUCCAAAUACAACAAUCAUGAACAAUCAUACCCUAUCACCUUUUCGAACCAUCAUAAGGCAUAUCAACAGUCAAGCCCACAAUUUGCAACAUAUACACAAUCAUCAGCAUAAGCCAGGUCCAUAUCGAUUAGGGCAAGUCAAUAAUAUCAUAUAGCAGUCCAUGGUUCAUCAUAUAGCACAAAAGUCCAUACACCCCUAAUCAUGUCAUUCUAGUUCACCUAGGUCAAUUCUAAGCAUCAAUAUAAUUAUCGUGAUACGACAAACCCGGUAUGCCGUGCCAAUC